AUGCUGGCCUUUUCUGCGUUGCCUACGGGGGUGAUCUGUUUCUGUGGGAUCCGUGCGAUAAGCUCAGCGGGUAUCGUGGUAUUUUCAGCCUUCUAUGGCUUCACGCAGGAAAGGGUGGUAUCUACGCUCUCGGCGUGUUUUACAAUAGUGCUCAAGGAUCCAAGAAACAUUGGCACCUAUAUCGAUUUGGGAAUGGUCUGUGUUUUAUUUGAGGCGUUGAUUGGUACGCCUAUCAGUGGAAUGUUGGCGAGGCAGCAUGGCUUUGACGCAGUCUCGGAGUUCAGCGGCGUGCCCGGGGGGUUCACAAAGCUGGUUGUGAAAAAGUUGGCUAGCGUUGAAUGGCUAGAAAAGAUUUAA